AAGUUAACUAAUUAACCUUGAUAAUCGGUUAGUUUAACUUAAAUCUCUCAGGACUAACUAUUGGUUAGUUUAGGUUAGAUUGUCAGUUGAUUUUUUCUUUCCCAGUGAAUCUUAAUUUUCGCAAUCAAAUCAAAUUGUUUUUCUAUUUCUUUUCCGCCGGCUAUUCAAUUUGUUUAAUUUUCUCCACUCAAUCUUAAUUUCUGCAAUCAAAUCAAAUCGUUUUUCGAGCUCCCUUUCCGCCGGCUACUCAAUUUUGUUUCCUUCAUCUAAUAUUUUCCUCCUCGCUGACCAGCCACUAACCACAAUGACCCACCACCAGCAAUACUUUACUGAAGAAUCAAUUUUACCGGGUGGUCAUCCCUAUUGUCUGAGUGAGUCGAUCGCCGGCAAUCUUGUCCCUCCAACCGGAAACAUUUUAAGUCCGCCGCAUCUUCACCCUUACCAUCCCUAUUAUACUUACGAUGGUUUCUCAGCGCCGUCAACAUCAUUACUUAAUUGUGCCGGUGCAAGUCUAUUAAAUGGAUGCAAUGGCGGUUCGACUGUUGGAAUUGGUAUUACAGGCUCGAUUGAAGGAAAAGCCACUACAAGUUCACCCUUGACCAUUUCGGAAUCUUCGGAUGAUCUUCCCACUGCCCAUCCCUAUUGUCUUGAAGAUUCUUCCACCCUUGGUAGUAAUAGUAACUUUGGUCCAACCACGAUGAACAUCAGUCCACCUCCGCUUUACCCUUACCAUCCAUAUUAUACUUACGAUGGUUGUAACAGUUCACCUUCGUCCUCUGUUAACUUUAAUGGACAUUCAAUUGGAACCUUUAAUGGACUCAGUUCUUAUGGAAAUUCACCCGAUACUGGUUGCGAUUUUAAUCUAAGCUCAAGUAGCAGUAGUUGCGAUGGAACUGAAGGAAAACCAUUGACCAUAGCGGAAUCUUCUGGUUCUUAUCAUCAUAAAUAUUUUACUUUUUUAAACGAUGAAGGUCAACACAAUAUCUCAUAUUUUGCUCAUCAUCAAUAUUUUACAGAUGAACAACCAGUCCACCCUUAUUGUCUUGGCGAUGAAACAUCAACAACUCCCGCGAUUGGAAGUAACUAUGGUCCAACCUCGAACACGUUAAGUCCACCUCAUCCUUAUCAUCCUUAUUACAUUUACGAUGGUUACAAUUCAUCAUCAUCAUCGUCCGGUUACCUCAAUUCCAGUGGAAAUGGUAACUCAUCUUUUGGUGGCCCUGUAACUGAUUCUAACGGUAUCGGUGGUUUCAGUGGCUAUAUUAACAACAACAACAAUGAUAAUAAUAGUAACAAUAACUCUGAUUUAAUUGAGACUAAACCAUCAACCAUAGAUUUACCUUUGAUGAUGGCUGAUACUUUCACCUCUUCCGGUUCAUCAUUAUCUUCCGGUAUCAAUGGUCAAACAAUAACUUCAUCAUCAAACAAUUUGAAAAUACAAAGUAAAUCACAACCAUUGACUUUAUCGACCACUCCACCUCCAUCGACCACCACGGGAACAACAACAACAACAACAACUCCACCGAUGAAAGCUCGGCGGAAAAAGAAGGAGCCAGUCGAUUAUGUCCUGUUAGAUGUAAACUCCGCCGGCGAUGAGAAAACUGAAUUCAUCAAGUACGUCGGUAAAGGUUCAUAUAAAUGUCAAAUUUGUGACAUUUACUCGAAAAAUAACAAAGAUUAUAUUCAAGAUCAUAUUAACAUCAAACACUACAACAUCAAGAAAAACUAUGAGUGUUUAUUGUGUAACAUCACCUUCGCAUGGCGAAGUGGUGCUUUUAAACACCUCAAAAAGUACCAUUCGAUUGAAGGUAAAAACACAAUCAACUUUUUCCGCGCAAUUUCGAAACGUCAUGUUUACCAUAGCCAAAGGAAACGUAAAUGAACAAUUAACUGUCUCACAAUUAACUUUUAAUCGACUGGCAAAUUAUUAUAACUAUCAAAUGUUCAGCUCGAAACUUUGGGUUCAAGUUUUUUUCAUCGAAUUUUUUUUCUCCAUAUCAAAUUUUUCUUCGUUCAAUUCAAGAUCAUCUUCCGUCUUUUAUACUUAAAUGGUUAUUAAGGUCACUUUUUUGUUCGGUAAAUGGUUAACUCUUUUUCGCAAUUGUUUGAUUAAUAAUCAAUUUUUUACAGGAUUUAAUUGCGACAACAAUCAUCAGCUUAAUGGUUGAUUUUUAAUUCUUAUUUGAUUUGAAUUUUUAACUGACAAACUUACUGCAAGUUUUGAACUUUUAAUUGAUUUUGUUACCUUUUCUUAUUAAUUAAUUGAUGAUUAUAUGAUUUAAUAAUUUAAUUGUUUUCUACGGAAUUGUACAACAAUUUUAAAAAUGCUCAUGAUUAACUAAUUGUUAAUAUUUAAGAACUAAAACUUUUAAAAACUUUUUUUCUUUUAAAACUAAACCAAUUUGACAUUAACUGCAAUUUAAAAGCGAAUUACAAACAAUUAAUUUUAAUUCAAAUUCAAUAUCAACUUGUUAUUAACAAUUAAACAAAUUAUCAAAUUGAAAACUUUUCACAAUUAAUUAAAUAGGGUGUUCGUUUAUAUUAAACUCCCAGGUAAUAGAUGAUAAACUCAAUCAAUUUUCAAUUAAUAUUCAAUUGGAGGUGACAAUUAACUUGAUAACCAUGUCGAUCAUGUUAAUCAUGGUUAAUACCCAAAGAAAGUAAAGAAAGAGGAAACUUUUUCAUUCCAAUGGGUAAAUUUGAUAUAAUUACUGUUGAUCAUGAUACAAAAGUAACAUGAUCAGACUCACAAUCAGUUCAAUAAUCAACGCAAUCUCCUCAAGAACUGAAUACCCACCGAG